CUUAUCCUCUAUUUCUAUCUCGUUCGAAUUCCCCUCUUAUCCCUCACCCGGAGGAGAAGCAGGAGAGUAAGAAGCAGCGAGCAAAUUCACAAUGGCCGCGACUCUAUCCACUCUCACUCUUCGUUCCCCUUCUUGUUCUACUCCUUCCUCUUAUCCUUCCCACUCUUCCACCUUCUUCAGACCCUCCCUCCGGUUCCCCUUCUCUCCCCAUCCCAAUCUUAUCCAGCGCGCCACCCAUAUCCGCCCCCCCGCCGCCGUCGCUGCCCCCGAGAAGAUCGAGAAGCUCGGCGCCGAUAUCUCCAACCUCACCCUCGAAGAGGCUAAAAUCCUUGUCGAUUACCUCCAAGACAAACUUGGCGUCUCCGCUGCCGCCUUUGCCCCCGCCGCCGUGGCUGCCGCCCCCGGUGCCCCGGCCGACGCGGCCCCUGCAGCAGCCGAGGAGAAGACUGAGUUUGACGUCAUCAUCGAUGACGUCCCCAGUAACGCGAGGAUUGCUGUUAUCAAGGCCGUAAGAGCCUUGACGAGCUUGGCUCUGAAGGAAGCUAAGGACCUGAUUGAAGGCUUGCCGAAGAAGUUCAAGGAAGGUGUUUCCAAGGAUGAGGCUGAGGAUGCCAAAAAACAGCUUGAAGAGGCUGGAGCAAAGGUUUCCAUCGCUUAAAUUUUAUAGUCUAUGCAGGAUGGUUCGUUGAAUUUGAGCUUUAUUUUUUUUAAUGUAAUUUUAUAGCUAUUUCUUAGUUGAGUACAGUGUAAUGUGAUUGUUUAUGCCUGAAUUUCAAGUCAGUUGCAAUCGAGGGGUUCCAUUUAUGAA